AUGCCUCCAAAACCUAUCCAACCUACCCCUAAUGAAAUCCUUGAACAAGCUGUUAACACAGCAGCCUUGCGUUUGGAUUCUGCAAUGCAAGAAACACAGCAGCAGCUUGAUGAAAGGUUUCACAUCGUCCACACAGAUCUGCAACAGACCCAGCAGAAUCUCGGUCAGCUCAACACCAGGCUGGAGAAUGACCGCCAACUAUCGGAUUCGCGCUAUGAUUCCAUCAUGGCAGCGCUCUCCAAGAUCCUAAAAGAGAAACAGCCAGCAACUACUGCUGCUGUCGGCACACCAGCAGGUUCUUCAGGUACUUUUCAACCCCCACCUUCUAGUUCUGCUGCUACAGCACCCAUAUCUACCAUCCUAACCCCCACAAAUACCCCUCAAAGACAUUCUGCUACUACAAACCCUACCCCCCGUCCCUCCACACAAAUGCAAGUACCCUUCACUACCUACCCACUUUUUUCUACGCCAUUUACACUUCCACCCCUAACCCAACCUUUCCCCUUCACACCACAAAUUCCAUACACUCCACAAAUCCCAUACACUCCACAAAUUCCAUACACCCCCAUCCCUAAUUCAACCCCCUUACCUCCUUUCCGUACCCCUAAAUUAGAGUUGUCCAUGUUCGAUGGUUCAAACCCACUUGAAUGGCUUUUUCAAGCUGAGCAAUAUUUUAACUUUUAUCAAUUACCCCCUGAAAAUCGUUUGGGUAUGAUGUCCUUUUAUAUGAAAGGUGAAGCUCUAAGUUGGUUUAAGUGGAUGCAUCAAAGCCACGAAUUAGUGGACUGGUUCUCAUUCACUAGGGCUUUGGAACUACGUUUUGGCCCAUCCACUUAUGCUAAUCACCAAGCAGAAUUGUUUAAAUUAAAACAAACUGGGUCAGUGGUGGAAUACCAAGCUACUUUCGAAAAACUAGGUAACCAAGUUGUGGGAUUAUCCCCCGAUGCUAUCAUUAAUUGUUUCAUUUCCGGUUUGCAUUCUGAUAUUCAAAACGAAAUUGCUAUUCACAAACCCACUUCCAUAUCACAAGCUAUUGGGUUAGCUAAGCUUAUUGAGUCCAAAUUGAAAGACACAAAGCCUAAGUUUCCUAAACCUGCACCUCCCUCCUACAACCGCACCAUUCCAGCCCAACAGAAUGCCUACCCACCCCAAACAGGCCCAAAACAAAGUUUUCCAGACCAUACACCCAAAUUACCCAUUAAACAACUGACAAGUGCUCAACUCCAAGAACGUAGAGCCCAAGGACUAUGCUUCAACUGUGACGAGAAAUUUAUUCCGGGCCACCGCUGUUCUAAAGGAAAAUUUCUCUUAUUACUGGUUGAUGAUGAGGAUAAUUUGCUACAGGAACCAACAAGUCCUAUUGAAGAAACCACCUCCAUAGCUGUUCCCGAAGAAACCUAUUUUCAACUCUCACCUCAGGCUGCUAGUGGUCAUUUUUCCCCUAAGACACUAAAGUUCAAAGGUCAAAUCAGUAGCAUGGCUGUCACGGUUUUAAUUGACACGGGUAGCACACAUAACAUUCUACAGCCUAGGGUAGCCCACCACUUAAAAUUGCCAACCACUCCAAUCCAAAAUUUUUCUGUCAUGGUGGGAAAUGGUUCUAAGUUGUUGUGCUCAGGGUUCUGCCCACAAGUACCAAUCACCUUACAAAAUACCUUGUUUCACAUUCCUUUCCACCUACUUCCAAUUGAGGGUGCUGAUGUCGUACUAGGUAUGGAAUGGCUACGUACUCUAGGACCUCUCAUGGCUGAUUUCUCUAUCCCAAAAAUUUCCUUCAAACACCAAGACAACCAAAUUACCAUCACAGGCGAUCCAAAAACUUAUCCUACCCAAUCUUCAUUUAACCAAUUUUGCCAACUCCUUCAUACAGAUUCCAUCGCCUCUAUGCAUUUACUGCUAUUCCAACCACCACAUAACCAAGAUACCCAACCCAAUGCACCUACCUCUGAUUUUUCCACUUCACUCCCAAAGUCCAUACCCAAACAAAUUAUUCACAUUCUUAAAUCUUUUUCCCAGAUUUUUCAGAAACCACAAGGCCUACCCCCCCCAAGACAACAUGAUCAUCACAUUCCAUUAUUGCCCAAUACCACCCCGGUUAACGUUAAACCUUACCGGUACCCUCACUCUCAAAAAGAAGCGAUGACCACAAUAAUACAAGACAUGUUACAAGAGGGCAUUAUCAAACCCAGUAAUAGCCCUUAUUCCUCACCCGUUUUGCUAGUACGCAAGAAAGACGGUUCUUGGCGUUUCUGUGUAGACUAUCGCGCUCUUAAUGCGGUAACUGUUCGUGAUCGCUUUCCCAUACCAACUAUAGACGAACUAUUUGAUGAGUUGGGAUCUGCAACUAUUUUUUCCAAGAUCGAUCUUCGAUCUGGUUAUCACCAAAUUCGGGUUAGUCAAGAGGAUACUCACAAAACUGCAUUUAGGACAUUUGAUGGACACUACGAGUUCUUGGUUAUGCCAUUUGGCCUAACUAACGCUCCUAGUUCGUUUCAAUCAGCGAUGAAUGAUUUGCUUCGCCCAUACUUACGACGGUUUGUUUUAGUUUUUUUUGAUGAUAUUUUAAUCUACAACUCAUCCUUAUCUGAUCAUGCAUUUCAUUUAAAACUGAUUUUGGACUUACUUCUUUCUAACCAAUUUUAUGCAAAGCUAUCAAAGUGUGUGUUUGCUGUGCCUAAAGUGGAUUACCUAGGUCAUAUUAUUUCCAGUGAAGGUGUAACCCCUGAUCCGACUAAAAUUCAAGCUAUGCUAGAAUGGCAGACGCCUCGUUCACUCACGUCACUAAGGGGUUUUUUAGGACUCACCGGCUUUUAUCGACGAUUUGUUCGCCACUACGCCACACUCGCCGCUCCUCUCACCGAUUUAUUACAGUCCAGCAAGUUACAUUGGAAUGAUACAGCACAAGAAGCUUUUACAACACUGAAAAAGAAAAUGACAGAGACUCCGGUCUUGUGCCUUCCUGACUUCUCCAAGACUUUUGUGCUCGAAACAGAUGCGUCCGCUAUCGCAGUUGGAGCUGUGCUAUCACAACAGGGUCACCCACUUGCGUUCUUCAGCAAGAAACUAUGCAACCGUCUUCAGGCCUCGUCAGUCUAUAUUCGUGAGAUGUAUGCCAUCACAGAAGCUGUAAAAAAGUGGAGACAAUAUUUAAUUGGAAGGCAUUUUCACAUUUACACGGAUCAACAGAGCUUAAAGAAUUUGUUAGUGCAAACUAUACAAACACCCGAACAACAAAAGUGGGCAGCUAAGUUACAAGGUUUUCAUUUUGACAUCUUUUACAAACCUGGUAAAGCAAAUCUCGUAGCCGACGCACUCAGCCGCAAACACACAGAUGAACCAGCAAUCCUUCUCUCCAUCUCUUCUCCGAUUCCAGUCCUCGUACAAAAGUUAACCAGUUAUUACAAACAGAACCAAGAUGGCAAGAAUCUUAUGCAGAAGAUUAAAGAGGAUAGUAAUAUGCAACAACUUUUCCACACCCAUAAUAAUUUGGUUUACUACAAAGGGCGCAUUUACAUACCUGAUAGUGACGACUUGCGACUUUCCAUUCUUCGAGAGUUCCACUCAACACCAACCGGUGGCCAUUCAAGUGUUAAGCCGUCUCUGGCUCGUGUCUCUACUUCCUUCCUUUGGCCUGGCAUUUACAGAGAUAUAAAAGAGUUUAUUAAGAGAUGUUCAGUCUGUCAGAAGAACAAGUACUUGACUACACGAAAACAGGGUCUCCUACAGCCAUUGCCAAUUCCAAAAAUGGUCUGGGAUGAAUUGAGCAUGGAUUUCAUUACUCACCUUCCUAAUUCGUUUGGUCACACGGUUAUUUGGGUAGUCUGUGACAGGUUGACGAAGUUCUGCCACUUUAUUGCACUCCCAACACAGUUUUCGGCCAAGGACCUUGCCCUCCGCUUCUCAAUCGAGAUCUGUCGCCUUCAUGGUAUUCCAUCCUCUAUUGUAUCAGAUCGCGACCCACUUUUUCUCAGCACGUUCUGGAAGGAGUUGUUUCGCACCCAAGGCACAACUCUGAAGUAUAGCUCAGCAUACCACCCUGAGACAGACGGACAAACAGAGGUCGUUAAUCGAUGCUUAGAAACUUAUUUACGGUGCUUUACCAGUGAAAAUCCAAAGAAAUGGUUUCGUUACUUACACUUAGCGGAGUUUUGGCAUAACACAGCUCUUCAUUCUUCUAUCAACAUGACCCCUUUUGAGGCGCUUUACGGACGACCACCGCCUUCGUUUCCCAACUACCUUCAAGGAUCCACAGAUGUUACGUCCUUAGAGGAUUCUCUGCAACAACGCACAAAAAUAUUAGAGAGUCUUAAACACAAUCUGGAUACAAGCAGAAAAAAAAUGGAACUUCAAAGCAAUAUAAAGAGACGCGAUUGUAACUUCAAUGUCGGAGAUCUCGUACUCCUUCGUCUCCAGCCCUACCGCCAACAUUCCGUGAACCGCCGCACCUCACAGAAACUCUCACAGCGUUUCUUCGGCCCCUUCAAGAUCUUACGCCGGAUCGGGAAAGUAGCCUAUCACUUGGACUUGCCGGCGGAGUCGAAGAUUCAUCCGGUUAUUCAUGUUUCCCAACUCAGAGCAUUCUUUGGCUCUGAUCUAUCGCACCAUAUCUCGCCACUUCCUGAUGAUGGAGAUAGUGAGGAAGAUGAAACAAAGGGGAAAUCUGUAGAAGAUAUGGAACAAGAAGAAACAAGGAAGACAGAGAAAAAGAGAAGUGAUUGUACAAGGGACGAGAGUGAGAGCGAACAGCUUAUAGAGUCUCCUAAUGUUACUUGUACUUUGAAGCAAGGACAUCAGAACGUUAUCUCCAACGGAUCUGGGAAAAUCCAAUCUCCACCAUCCGUUAGCUUACCAAACACACCAAGUCACUGCCCACCUUUGGAUGCCUCUGACCCUUCACGUGGGUUGUACUAUCCCAACACUCCACCAGCGGCCAAAAGCAUUGGAAAAGAUAAAUUAGUAAUGACACCUGGGCCCCAUGCAUUAAUUCACCCGUCUGCAACUUCCCCAUGCGCCGCACCAGCUGUACCCCAUCCACUCAAACUUCCCAAAACCCUAGUUCCAAAUUCUAAUGGGCCUUCUCGUUGGACACAAGCUUUUGCACCACAGCCCAACUCCCACUCCAACCUUGAGGACAAGGUUGUCUUUGGGCCGGAGAGUAAUGUUAGCAACAGGCCCAAACGCAUGAUGAAGCAGCCCACUUGGCUGAAAGACUUUGUUACUAAAUAA